AUGGAAGAAAUUGAUCCACCAGUCCCUUCAGGAGAAGUUACCCCACCAACUACAGUGCGGUCCCAAUUGCCUGCUACACAUGCUCCACCAUAUGCCCCGCCAUCCAUAUACAUGCCAUCGACUCCGGUGCCUCCAGUUUUACCAUCUUCCAAUGAAGCUAUACGCAUCGCAGUGCUCGAAGGCACAGUUAAUCAGAUGGCCUCAAACAUCACUGAACUUAUGGCUUUGCUCAGCGGACCAAACCGUGCCUCUUCGAGUUCCAUCCCCCCUCCUGCGUAUGGGUCAAUGGUUGAUCUGUCUCCUUGGGUCCUACCAACCCUUGCACCAGAGAAUGAUGUUGUGCCUAUUCCAGCGCCGGCACACUACCCAGCGACCGUUCCACCGUUGACACACGCACCGGAGGUCUAUCCGUUUGUUGCUCCUCUUCCGGUAACACUUCCAGUGACUUUCCCUCCUCCGCCAACGCCGGUACCGAUAAUUGAUCCAGCUAUGCUUGCGCUUCCUCCGAUGUUAGUAUCAGCCACAAGCACACAUGCUCCUGCUCCCAUCGCUAAGCCAUUUCCUUUCCCAGCUCCACAACCCCAAAUAAGCCUUCCACACCGAACUCCAUCGAUCCUAAACAUUCCUUACUAUAACCCAGAUACACAAGCUGUGGCUGCCCCUGAAGCUCCACCGACAUAUAUUAUCCUUGCUGCAGAGAUAGAACAGAAGCGCCGAAUGAAACGAAUGGAAGAGAUGAUGAAGGCUCUCCAGGAAAGUGACUCUCGUUAUGACACGAGUUACUUGGACCUGAAUCUCUUUCCAAACACGAGGCUGCCUCCAAAGAUCAAGAUUCCCGACUUCGACAAGUAUGACGAGACCACAGACCCAAAGCCACAUCUGCAAGGCUAUCGAAACCGCAUGAUGUCGUACUGGGGAUAUGAGCAGUUUAUGAUUCAGACUUUUCAGGAAAGUUUGAAAGGAGCAGCACUCAGUUGGUUCACCUCUCUCAAAGCAGCGGACAUUCCCACUUGGGAUGAACUCGCUAAGAAGUUUGUGACCCAGUAUGGCUACAAUACUGGCAUAGCUCCGUCCUAUCUCGAGUUAAGCGUCAUGGAAAUGCAAGAGGAGCAAGCCUUUGAGGACUAUGCUACUCAAUGGCGUGCUAAGGCGGCCAAGCACCGUCCUCCAAUUGACGAAGUGGAACAGAUCCAGAUAUUUCAUGGGACCCUCAAGGGUGCAUACUACUCGCACCUCUUGGGACACAUGUCAUCUUUCAAUGCAAUGAUAAAGGCUGGCAAGAAGGUUAGCCUUGGGAUUAAACUGGGAAGGAUUGACCAUUCGGUCAGAAAGGGAGAGGGUGAAUCCUCCAAGAAGACAGCCGUCACUGCUGCUUUCUCCCACAACAGGAAAGGCAAAGAUGCUAAUGUUAGCGUGGUGAACCCGGGGCACCCCAACCAUCAGCAAUAUGCAGUUAAUGUCGCUCAGUCUUUUCCACUACCGUACCAUCCUGCUCCACAGCAACAAUACCCAGCUCAACCGAUUUACUACUCGGCUCCUCCUGCCUACGCACCUCUUCAAGCCCCGCAGUCUCUUGGGCAGCAAUAUACCCCGACCUUUCAAGUGCAAUCAAGCAGCCCCUCGGCUUCAAGAAUUCCUCACUCGGCCCAGCGAGCCCCAACACCGCUAACCCAGCAGGGUAACAGAGGCCAGGUCAGGCCUCGACCUCAGUAUCCACCUCUUCCUGUUCCUCAGUCAAACAUAUUCCGUCAACUUCUUGCUGCCGGAAAGAUCAACCCGGAACCCCCCAACGAGAAUUUCAAUCCUGCAAAUCUGAACCAGAACCUUCAUUGUGAAUACCACAUGGGUGCUCCAGGACACACGACCGAUAAUUGUUACACUCUCAGGGGCAAGCUGCAGGCACUGAUCGAUAAGAAGUUGCUCUCGUUCAACGAGGUGAAGCCACCAAAUGUUCAGAUCAAUCCUCUCCCUGACCACGACUCCAGCUCAGCCCGACUGUCAACAUGA